GGAGCCGCCAUCGCCAUGAGCCGCUUUAAAUUCAUCGGUGAGGGGGGCGGGCGUGGGGGCGCGAGGUCCGGCGGUGCGCGCUCCUGGGCUGGGGGGGAAGAGUGUGUCCGGUCCGGGUCCGGUCCGUGUGUGUGUCCGGUCCGGGUCCGGUCCCGGCCUUCUGCGUACGCUCAAGGGCUCGUCCCGUUCACGGGCAGAAGCUGGUCCAGUAAACGAUGUUUCCUCCGCCACCUCGUCUUUCUGCCCUGCGGGUUGUCCCGGGGCCCAGGACUCGGAGGGGAGGCUGGCAGGCUUGGAGAAGCUGCCCGGCCGGCCCCUUACCCAGCAGAUAUCGGGAUUAACUUGACAGAUCCUAUGUUCAGAGGCAUUUACAGAGGUACACGGAAACAUCAAGAUGACUUUUUGGAUGUAAUAGAGAGAGCAGUCAAAACCGGUGUUAAAAAGUUUAUGAUUACAGGUGGAAAUCUACAAGAUAGUAAAGAUGCAUUGCAGCUGGCACAGACAAACGACAUGUUUUACAGUACGGUUGGCUGUCAUCCCACCCGCUGUGGAGAAUUUGAGCAGAGUGACCCUGAUCAAUAUUUAGCUGAAUUGCAAAAUCUCGUUGAAAAAAAUAAGGGGAAGAUCAGAGCAAUUGGGGAAUGUGGCCUGGAUUUUGAUAGAUUAGAAUUUUGCCCUAAAGACACCCAACUCAAAUACUUUGAAAAGCAAUUUGACCUAUCAGAGAAAACAAAAUUGCCAAUGUUUCUCCACUGUAGAAAUGCACACACUGAAUUUUUAGAGAUAAUGAGAAGGAAUAGAGAUAGAUGUGUGGGAGGAGUGGUACAUUCAUUUGAUGGCACAAAGGAAGAAGCAGCUGCUAUAAUAGAUUUGGAUCUCUAUAUAGGAAUAAAUGGUUGCUCACUGAAAACAGAAGUCAACUUAGAAACAUUGAAGUCAAUUCCUAGUGAAAGAUUAAUGAUAGAAACUGAUGCUCCCUGGUGUGGCGUGAAAAAUACUCAUGCUGGGUCAAAGUGUAUAAAAACAACAUUUCCCACAAAAAAGAAAUGGGAACUACAGCAUUGCUUGAAGGACAGAAAUGAACCUUGCCAUAUAAUAAAAGCAGGAACAAGAAGGGCUCCUUCUCCAAAAGCACCACCACCAGCUGCAACUGAAGGCACAGUGGGCACGUGAAGGCUUUCUAUCCUGCAUACUACAAUCCAUGAACCCACCUAGGCACUGAGCCAUUUAGCCUACCAAUUCUGCACAUGAGGAGCAGCACAAGAAGCCUUUGUGUAAUGACACAUCCACGCCAGUAAAACUAUUUCUCCUUGUUUAUUUCCCCUCCUACUGUUCUGCACACCUCCUCCCCCGCUGGUAAUAGCUCACCUUUCCUGGUUACUCUUGUUAAAGUCUGUAUGGUAACACCCAUUGUUUCAUGUUCUCUGUAUAUAUAAAAUCUCCCCACUAUAUUUUCCACUGUAUGCAUCCAAUGAAGUGAGCUGUAGCUCACGAAAGCUUAUGCUCAAAUAAAUGUGUUA